GUAUGUUGAGAGCAGCUAAAGUAAACAUGGAAUUGUGCUGUGUGUUCGGAGUCAAUUAUAUGUGAAAUAUGUUUCUUUAGUGAUUACAUGGGAUGCAGUCUGAAAGCACCUUGGUGUAGAAUGUUACCCCCCUGACUCACCGAUGAGCACCAUGUUCCAUUCGUCUCAUAUCCACGUGCCUCGCAGCCGGCGACCAAAUGCACUGCGGACAUUCGUCACAUCCUCAUCAUUUGGGCCCACGGAGACCAAGGAGCCACUUAGGCGGGGGAUAAUGUUCACAACCGUUGCCAGUGUUCUCCUUCUUGUGGGGAGCAUCCUAACAUGGCUGGGGUUCAAUGAUGUAUUUGGUGGCAAGGUGUCCAUGACCGGCCCACUGCUGAUAGCUCUAGCUCUCCUACUUCUCUUGUUGUCCAUGAGGCAGUUUGUUAUAGCUCGGAAACGAAAUAACUCCACCAGGAAUGGACUACAGCUGGGACAGAUGGGGCGUGGCACGGUGACAGCAGUGGUAGUGGAUCGUAACGAUGGCCUGGGUGCUGUCACUGUCAUCAUGGAUGCCCUGAAUGUCACCCCUGACACACAAAUGAGAAGCUAUGCAUCAUCCACAGGGGAAGACUGUGCACCUCCAUCCUACAGUGAGGUGACACAGGAAAAUACAAGUUGCAUCCCCCCAGCAGGGCAUCAUCAUCUUGACCAGGAUGAACCCCCUCCGCCAUACGAGGAGGCUGUUGGGGUAGAAGUGUCUUCAUCUACCCUCAAUCGCUCUACUCUCCAUGCUCACACAGACGAAACUACACUGCCAGCCUAUACAUCAUGGGCUCCAGGCUGUAAUGUAGACACCUCCAGCAAUACACUGACUAUCCCAGGACAGAUGGCCCAGUGUUACCGUCGCUGCACAUUCCCUACACAGCCUGGACUAGACACCAGUGGUGGAGGACACCAACUUGCAUCUCUCGCCACAGGACAGACACUCACUACAGCUGAGCUCACUCAGGGCACUAAUGGACCCUGGUCUUCUUCAGGAAGGUUUUUUCUAAUUCCACAUUUUCUAGGAGUUUUAGCCAAUAGGCGAGGUGACCCUGCAGCGAGUGUGACUGGUGAGCUGCCCCCGGCCUACCAGCCAGUUGACACUACCGGUCGCUCCCCACUCACCUACCUUCAAGCCAUGAGUGUAGGCAACCAACCAUGUCCCCCACAAGACCACCUGGGGGUUCAGAGUCCCCAUGAGUCCCGUUCUCUUGCUCAUCCAAUGUUACCGGACCACCCUGUUGACACCUACCAUCUGCCUCCUACUGAGUGUAGUCGACAGGGAGUUGUCCCAAACUCCAGCUUCCCAGACUCCAGUCUCACCACCUGCAGCCUCCCUAUGUCUGCUGAGACACCGUCAAGUCAAGUCUGCUGCUCGACGUCAUCCAUUCUGCCAAUCUCCAGCAUGGCGGCCUCCAGUUUGACGGGUAUAGGUGUUACAGGAUCCAGUAUGAAGGCCUCCAGCACACCCAUGCCUAGUAUUGUGGGCUGCAGUUCUCCUCCUAGGGUUACCAGCCACCACAGCAGCACCACCAGCCCCUCUGCUGCAGCACGCUUUCUGCAGGCUCCACGCAACCCCAACUCCCCCAUCAUAGAUGAGCUGGAGGAGGUGGUAUAGUCUUAGGGCACAGCUGUGUGUAUGCUAGUGAUGUUUUGGUACAGAGAUAGUUAUGUAAUGCAGGACACAGCUGCUGAUAUCAUACAUUGAUUAGUAGGGGUUGUGCUGUGAUAAAAAUGACACGUAAAAUAUAAGAUUUUGUUUUUUACUGAAUGUAUAUUUAAACCAGACCAAUAUAAUUUCUUGUUUUGACGAUGUUCAUCCGAAAGUAUAUGAAAAGAUUGUGGGAAAACUGGAAAAAAAUUCAGCUUUUUGUAUUAAAAUAUC